AUGCAACGAAAUAUCCGAGGUCCCCCUAAGAACCUCACCGAAAAAGUUAGCAUCGACGACUCAAACCCUGAGAAACAGGUGAGCAUCGGAUCCGAGCUACCUCUCGAAACCAAAAAGGAGCUCGUCGAAUUCCUAAAACAGAAUAUCAAAACUUUCGCAUGGACCACCAGCGACAUGAAAGGCAUAGAUGCAAAUGUCACCACUCAUAAGCUCAAUGUAGACCCUACUUUUAAACCGAUCAAACAGAAACGUCGUAAGCUAGGUCUAGAAAAAGCCCAAGCUGUCAACGACGAGGUCGAUCGACUAACAAAGGCCGGGUCCAUCCGAGAGGUACAAUACCCCGAUUGGCUAGCUAACCCAGUGGUAGUAAAAAAGAAGAAUGGGAAAUGGAGAAUCUGUGUAGACUUCACCGAUUUAAACAAAGCCUGUCCUAAGGACAGCUUCCCGUUACCUCAUAUCGAUCGUUUGGUCGAAGCAACGGCUGGACACCAGCUCUUGUCCUUUAUGGAUGCCUUUUCAGGAUAUAACCAGAUUAUGAUGGAUCCUGAGGAUCAAGAGAAAACCGCAUUCAUAACUGAACGAGGAACCUAUUGUUACAAGGUCAUGCCGUUUGGUUUGAAAAACGCGGGAGCUACCUAUCAAAGGUUAGUAAAUAAAAUGUUCGCUGGACAACUCGGAAAAACCAUGGAAGUCUACAUCGACGACAUGUUAGUCAAAUCCUCAAAGGGGGAGGACCACAUCUCCCAUCUAAGAGAAUGUUUCGAAAUCCUCAACAAAUACGACAUGAAGCUAAACCCAGCUAAGUGUACCUUCGGAGUACCUUCCGGCGAAUUCCUAGGUUACCUCGUAACCGAAAGAGGCAUCGAAGCCAACCCGAAACAAAUAGCGACAUUCCUAGAAAUGCCAUCACCUAAAACGACCAGAGAGGUACAAAGAUUGACCGGACGGAUCGCAGCACUAAAUCGAUUCAUCUCCAGGUCCACCGAUAAAUGCCUUCCAUUCUAUAAACUUCUGAAAAAUAAUAAGAAGUUCUUAUGGGAUGAAAAGUGCGAAGAAGCCUUCAAACAGCUGAAGGCUUACCUCUCGGAACCUCCGAUACUAUCCAAACCUGUAGUAGGAGAACCACUGUACCUGUACCUCGCCGUGUCGGCAGCUGCAGUCAGCGGAGUGCUAGUACGAGAGGAACAAAACGAACAGAGACCUGUCUAUUAUACUAGCAAAAGCUUAAUAGACGCCGAGACGAGAUAUCCCACCAUGGAAAAACUAGCCCUAGCAGUCGUGACAGCCGCCAGGAAGCUGCGACCUUAUUUCCAAUCGCACUCGAUCAUCGUAAUGACCUCACAACCAUUACGGACGAUUCUGCAUAGCCCUAGCCAAUCCGGACGAUUAGCAAAAUGGGCUAUAGAGCUCAGCGAGUACGACAUCGAGUACAGACCCCGAGCAGCAGCAAAAGCUCAGGUCCUCGCCGAUUUCGUUAUUGAGCUAGCAUCCGGACAUCUAGACCAGGAAACAGAGGCUCCGAAAUGGAGCCUAUACGUGGACGGAGCCUCGUCAAGGCAAGGCUCCGGUGUCGGUUUAAGACUAACCUCCUCAGCCGGAGAAACCAUCGAACAAUCCUAUAGACUUGGAUUUAACGCUUCCAACAACGAGGCCGAGUACGAAGCACUAAUCGCUGGAUUAAAGCUCGCCCUGAGCCUCGGAAUUCGGGAGCUAAACGCCUACAGCGACUCGCAGCUGGUAGCUAGCCAGUUUCACGGGGAAUACGAAACAAGGGACGAAAGAAUGGGGGCAUACCUCGAGGUCGUCCUAAACCUCACAAAGCAGUUUGACAAGUUCGAGCUAACGAGGAUCCCACGAGGGGAGAACUCCUCAGCAGACGCGCUCGCCGCAUUAGCUUCCACAUCCGACCCUCUCGUAAAACGAAUUAUACCCGUGGAAGGAAUCGAGAAGCCAAGUAUCGACAUAGCUACCAAGGCUGAGAUGGAUAGCAAACCAAAGGAAAAAAUAGAGGAUAACAGCCUCCCGACGGUAGCUACCCAAGUUUUCACGACAUUCUGGUUCCCGAAAACUAGAACACGCAGCUUCAGAAAGCACACCUCCAGGAAAGCAACCCAGAACCCGGAAAACAACGACAAAAGUGAAGGUACUCACCGAAGUUCAGACUCCCUAGAGCCUAACUCUACGAGUACCUCCGGGGGCACCAUCCAGACCUCGGAGCCACUUGUCUAUAAAAUCCAAACAAGAAGCCGCACCGCUCUUAAAAACGCAUCUAGGAACGCUACACAAACCACAGGGGAUAACGAGGAAAUUGGAGAUAUUCCUCAGAACCCAGAACCUACUCCAACAAAUAUCUCCGGGGGCACCACGGCACCAGGUCCCGAACAGGAAUCUCCCUCCUCUCUUCACAACAAAGUUGUAGGAAGAGAAGACUGGAGAAUACCGAUCAUGGAUUACAUCCUAGAGGGAAAAAUUCCACCCAACAAGUGGGAGGCUCGAAAACUCAAAGCUUUAGCAGCAAGAUACUGUAUAAUCGAGUCAGCCCUCCACAAACGAAGUGUCUCCGGACCUUACCUAAAAUGCGUUCACGGCCUAGUAGCUAUGAAACUCAUGAAGGAAAUGCACGACGGUUCCUGUGGAAACCAUUCCGGAGGCAGAGCCUUAGCCAUCCGAAUAAAAAGGCAAGGCUACUUCUGGCCUACCAUUAUCGCAGAUUGUGAGGUCUACUCCUCAUCGUGCGACAAAUGCCAAAGGCAUGCACCGAUCAUACACCAACCAGCGGAAAAGCUGUCUAACAUAUCAGCUCCCUACCCAUUCAUGAGGUGGUCUAUGGACAUUAUAGGUCCAUUAGUACCUUCAGGGAAAGGAAAGAAGUUACUAAACCUCCUGGUCCUAACCGACUACUUCACGAAAUGGAUUGAAGCUGAAGCUUUCCAACAAAUAAACAGAUUCGAGGUCGAAGGAUUUGUUUGGAAAAACAUCGUAUGCAGGCAUGGCGUCCCAUACGAAAUCGUAACCGACAAUGGAGGACAGUUCAUAUCCCACGACUUCAAAAGUUUCUGCGAUAAAUGGAACAUCCGCCUCACCUUCUCAUCACCUCGGCGACCUCAAGGGAACGGACAGGCGGAGGCUGCCAACAAAUCAGUUUUAGCAAACCUCAAGAAACGCCUAGGAGCCCAAAAGGAGCUUUGGUCGGAAAAACUACCCGAAGUACUAUGGGCCUGCCGAACCACCCCACGAAAAGCUACAGAGGAAACUCCCUUCUCCUUAGCUUAUGGGAUGGAGGCUGUCGUCCCAGCAGAAACCACCGCAGGUAGCCUCAGACGGGAGCUCUGCACCUCAAAUCCCGCAGCUAAUAACCAGCUCCUGAUGGAUAGCCUCGACUUGAUCGAGGAAAGACGAGACCAAGCCUUGCUUCGCAUUCAAAAUUAUCAGCAAGCAAUGGCACGACACUACAAUUCCAAAGUAAGGCCCCGACAGUUCGCCGUAGGGGACCUAGUGCUUAGGAAAGUGUUCGAAGGAACAAAGGAACCGGGAGCUGGAAAGUUAGGAACCAACUGGGAAGGACCCUACCGAAUUAUCCACAUAGUACGACCCGGAGUUUACAAACUCCAGAAGGUACGAACCGGGGUACCUGAAAUCCGAUCGUGGAAUGCCACGAACCUCAAAAGAUACUAUCAUUAGGUACCUAAAACCCCUGAACUACGUUUGGCUUGAUCCCUUGACUGGGUACGUAGGCAACUCCGUCAUGAGUGCAGCCCCAACCUCUUCUCACCAACCUCCUCACCUAAGCCAAAGGGGCAGGUGUUACCAAGAACACUUAGCCUAAAAAUAGUUACUGUGUAAAUAAUCUGAAUCAUGUAUUCUCUGAUAUCUGAUAUUAAUAAAACGAUUGAUUCAGUUUCAAAAACAUCAAAGGUCUUAAAACCCUCCAAGAAAAUUUAGGUCCCCCUAAAUCGGGACCUAAGCUCAACAAUCUCGAAUACAUUCAGGUCCCUGAAAACCUGAACCUAAGGUCUUAAAAUCCUUAAUACACCCAGAGGUCUUAAAAUCCUUAACAUAAACUAAGGUCUUAAAAUCCUUAACAAUCAGCAAGGUCUUAAAAUCCUUAACAAUCAGCAAGGUCUUAAAAUCCUUAACAAUCAGCAAGGUCCUAAAAUCCUUAACAAUCAGCAAGGUCUUAAAAUCCUUAACAAUCAGCAAGGUCCUAAAAUCCUUAACAAUCAACCAGGUCCUAAAAUCCUAAUCAAAACCAGAAGGUCUUGAAACCCUUAUCAAAAUCGAAAAGUCUUAAAAUCCUAAAGAAUCAGGAAAAUCCCGAAAUUCCUCAAUUCCAUCCGUUAAACUUCAAAGGCCUCGAAGUCCUUCGAAUUAACUCAGGUCCCUAUGAAUCUAAAUAAAGGUUCCUACGAACCUGAACAACCAGGUCCCAGAACCUUACGAAUCGGACUCAGGUCCCCGAGCUAAAAUCAAGAACUCCUCUUUAAGGUUAUCACGACCGAAUAUCCAUUAAGCUAAAUGCUUAUCAUAAAUAAAGACUAAAGGUCCUAAUCCGACUCAACGAUGACGGCACACAACUCAUCUGAGAUUCGCAAUCACUAUGAUUAAAUGAAACGAGGUUAAGUUCAAAAACUUAAAACAGAAAUAAUAGCCACGAUUUAAACAUAAGAAAGGGUUUAAAAACCUCCCCAGGCUAUUGAAAUCCAGCAAGCGUUAAGGUUUAAAGGCCUCCUCAGGCACUAAGUCAUAAAACAUAACGAAACAAAGCCCUUAGGCCGAAGUCUUAAAAACACAAAACA